AUGGGGCGCUUGAGGGACUUAUUGGGAGCUAGAGGCUAUAUUGAUAUGGGAAUACCAGAAAGUUCAACAGUAGCUGAGGCUCUGCAGAAGCACAGAAGGAGGAGGCAUUGUAUUGUGAUUUUGAAUAAAGUUGAAGAGGAAAUUGAAAGGCUGAAGUCUGAGAGUAUUCAAGCUGAGGAUAUUGUUGUAUGGAGAAAUAAAGCAGAGAGUUACCGGCCUACAUUCUCAUCAAAUAAUACAUGGAUUAUGAUUCGCAAGGAGUAUAUAUUGCAAGAUUGGAGCAAAUGUGUCUGGUUCAAACAUGCUACACCAAAGUAUUCGUUUCACUUUUGGACAGCAAUGUUGGAUAGAUUUUCGACUUGUGACAGAAUGUUGAAAUGGAAUCCAGCCAUCAAUCCAGUAAGAAAUCAUAUGUUCUUCUCUUGUGCAUACACGAGUCAAGUAUGGCAAAAACUGAUGAGAGGGUUGCUUUGUGUGAGAUAUACUGAACGUUGGGGAGAUAUUGUUGAGCUAAUGCUUGAUCAUAGUCAGGAUCGGGUGAAGCUAUUUCUGAUAAGAUAUGCAUUUCAAGCAGCAGCUCACUCAAUCUGGAGAGAGAGGAAUUGUAGAAGGCAUGGAGAUAAACAGCUUCCACACACUUUGCUAACUAAAGUCAUUGGCAAGAAUGUGAGAAAUAGGUUGUCCACCAUUCGGCGCCAAGGAGAACAGAAGAUGGAGAAGGGGUUACAAAUGUGGUUUGGCACCGCCUUAACUUGGCUACCUCCGCCUCUACGCCGCCGGAACAACACCAUCGAAAUCCUCGUUCGUCGGAGCUCAGUAACUGACAAGCCUCCAACGAACCCAUAA